GUAAAGUGUUUGCUGAUCCAACUCUACAAGAAAUAAAGCCGACUAUCUCCGUUAUUAUUCUCCGCUUUCUCUUCCCCCCCCAGACCACAGUUCUCAACUCGCCUACCUUAUUUCACUUCUUCCAAUCUCCGGUCACUUCAAAUCACUUUUAGGUUUUAUUUGAAAUUCUCUUCUGACCAUGGAACCGGAGCAGAACAAUGCUAAUCGCACGGAUACUGCACCGUCUAAGGAUUCCAAGAAGAAGGACGAGAAGAAAGAGGAAGAUCUUUCGGAAGAGGACUUGGCUUUGAAGCAACAAUUGGAGUUGUACGUAGAGCGAGUUCAAGAUGCCGAUCCUGGUCUACAAAAGGUUGCUCUUGAGAGUAUGAGGCAGGAGAUUCGAUCAGCUACUAGCUCUAUGACCUCUGUUCCAAAGCCUUUGAAAUUUCUCCGCCCACAUUAUGGGACCUUGAAAGCGUAUUAUGGAACUUUGGAGGACAAUGAUCUGAAGCAACUUCUAGCGGAUAUACUAUCUGUUUUGGCGUUGACUAUGUCAGCUGAGGGUGAGCGAGAGAGCUUGAAGUAUAGAUUACUAGGAUCUGAGGGCGAUAUUGGUUCUUGGGGUCAUGAAUAUGUGAGAAAUUUGGCCGGAGAGAUUGCACAAGAAUAUACAAAGCGUCAGAAUGAAGAAGCCUCAAUUGAGGAUUUGAUGGAUCUCGUACAACAAAUUGUUGCUUUUCACAUGAAGCAUAAUGCCGAGCCUGAAGCAGUAGAUUUACUUAUGGAGGUUGAGGAUCUUGAUUUGUUGCAAGAGCAUGUUGAUGAAAAAAAUUACAAAAGAACGUGUCUUUAUUUGACUGCUUCAGCAAAAUAUCUUGCUAGCCCUGAUGAUAUGCUUGUUUUGGACAUUGCUUAUUCUAUUUAUAUGAAAUGUGAAGAAUAUCCUUCUGCACUUCAGGUUGCAUUAUUCCUUGACAACAUACAGUAUGUUAAGCAAAUAUUCACAUCUUGUAAAGACCUCCAGCGGAAGAAGCAAUUUUGUUACAUCCUUGCACGUCAUGGUGUCUUAUUUGAGCUUGAUGAAGAUAUGGUCGUGGAUGAAAAUGAUAGGGAACUAUUGCAAGAUAUCAUUAACAACACCAAGUUAAGUGAAGGUUAUUUGACCCUUGCCCGUGAUGUAGAGGUCAUGGAAGCCAAAUCACCAGAGGAUAUUUAUAAGGCUCAUUUACUUGAUGGCCGGGCUAGUGCUGGUGCAACUGUUGAUUCUGCAAGGCAAAAUUUGGCGGCUACAUUUGUUAAUGCUUUUGUAAAUGCUGGAUUUGGACAGGAUAAGCUGAUGACUGGUUCUUCUUCUGAUGCUUCCAGUGGCAGCUCUUCAGGAAAUUGGCUUUUUAAAAAUAAGGAACAUGGGAAAACUAGUGCUGCUGCGAGUUUGGGUAUGAUUUUGCUGUGGGAUGUUGAUUCUGGACUUGCACAACUAGACAAGCACUUCCACAGUACUGACAAUCACGUCAUUGCGGGUGCAUUACUUGGUGUUGGAGUUGUGAACUGUGGCAUAAAAAAUGAUUGCGAUCCGGCUCUAGCACUUUUGGCUGACUAUGUUGAUAAAGAAGAUCCAGCUAUUCGGAUUGGUGCUAUUAUGGGUCUGGGCAUUGCAUAUGCAAACACACAAAAUGAACAGAUACGCCUUAAGCUGACUCUAAUAUUUGGGGACCCGAAGGCAUCUCUUGAUGUGAUUGCCUUUACUGCAAUAUCACUUGGUUUGGUGUUUGUUGGUUCCUGUAAUGAAGAUGUUGCACAAGCAAUUAUAUUUGCAUUAAUGGAUCGCAGUGAGUCUGAUUUAGGGGAGCCACUUGCCAGACUUCUAUGCCUGGGCCUUGGUCUUUUGUAUCUGGGGAAGCAGGAAAGCGUGGAAGCAACAGCAGAAGUCUCCAAGACUUUCAAUGAAAAAAUCAGGAAACAUUGUGAUAUGACUCUUCUUUCUUGUGCCUAUGCUGGAACUGGAAAUGUUCUCAAGGUUCAGAGCCUGUUAGGGCACUGUGCUCAACAUCUUGACAAGAGUGAAACCCACCAAGGACCAGCAGUUCUGGGGAUUGCCAUGGUAGCCAUGGCGGAAGAACUGGGUGUUGAGAUGGCUAUUCGUUCAUUAGAGCAUCUAUUGCAGUAUGGAGAGCAGAAUAUCCGGCGUGCAGUUCCUCUUGCCCUUGGUCUCUUGUGCAUAUCGAACCCAAAAGUAAAUGUCAUGGAUACCUUGAGUAGACUCAGCCACGAUUCUGACACAGAAGUAGCAAUGGCUGCCAUUAUUUCUUUGGGUUUGAUAGGUGCUGGUACCAAUAAUGCCCGGAUUGCUGCAAUGCUGAGAAAUUUGUCGAGCUACUACUACAAGGAUGCUAGUGCUCUGUUUUGUGUUCGGAUUGCUCAAGGUCUUGCACAUAUGGGGAAGGGUCUAUUAACACUCAAUCCUUACCAUUCUGAUCGCUUCUUGUUGUCUCCGAUGGCGCUUGCUGGUCUUGUGACAACACUUCAUGCUUGUCUUGACAUGAAGGCUGUCAUCUUGGGGAAGUACCAUUAUGUCCUCUACUUCCUUGUCCUUGCAAUGCAGCCAAGAAUGUUAUUGACAGUGGAUGAGAACCUGAAACCUCUUUCAGUACCUGUUCGAGUUGGUCAAGCAGUUGACAUUGUCGGCCAGGCAGGUCGCCCAAAGACCAUAACUGGCUUCCAAACGCACUCAACCCCAGUUCUUCUCUCUGCUGGUGAUAGGGCUGAACUUGCUACAGAAAAGUACAUUCCUUUGUCACCUAUCCUUGAAGGCUUUGUGAUCCUGAAGGAAAACCCAGAAUACAGAGAGGAGCAUUAAUAUUCUGUUUGAGCAGUGAAUACAACAUAAUUACAUGAACAUUGAAUCUUGGCCUUAAAUUAGAGGGUUGAAUUUUUGGUUUUGUAGGCUGGAAGAUUCUCGAAGAAUUUUCACUGUUGUAACAUUACACGCUUUUGGCGUUUUUGUAGCUGAUAAUGUAGAUUUUUCUUUGUUUUUCUUCAUGAUUUUUGAAAUGAAAUUUGAUACGUGCUGAAUAGUUUUUUUACCUUUCCGUUGAUGGUCUCUUUGUCU